UCCAGAAAACUUGUUCAGACUCGCUCAUACAGCACAAUAUAGACGUCGAACGUCUUGAACCCAUUCUUACUUUCAGUCUUUUCGCUCACUCUCUCACUGCAACGCAUCCACCCACGAUGUUCUCACGCUCCAUCACUGCUCUGGCUCUGAGCCUCGUACCCGCCCUUGUUGCGGCCCAAAAGGAGUCCGUGACCGAAGUGGCCACUUCGAUUGCCAACACGACCCUUCAGAUGCAAGCUGUUGGCUUGAUUCCCGACCCCGUCCCCACCUCCGCCCUCAAUCUCACCGCCGCCCUCGGCCUGCGCUUCGGAGAGGGCUCCCGUGACAUUGCCACUGGUCAGACUGUUAGCGUCGACCAGGCCAAGGGAACGCCUCAGUACUCCAUCGAGUACCCUGAGUCCGUCGCCGAUGAGCUCGAUGGUGCUACCUUCACCGUUCUCUUCCUUGACGCCGGAGCUGCUGGUGUUGGAAACCCAGCUCUCUUAGAUGGCCUCCUCACCCGUCACUUCCUCGGCAACAACUUCAAGCUGGGCGACGAUGGCCGUCUCACCAACUCCACCCCUGCCAUCACCGAGUACGCUUCUCCUGCCCCAGCAGCUGGCUCUGGUCCUCAUCGCUACUUCCAGGUCGUAGCCCUCCAACCAUCCAACUUCCAGGCUCCUCAGAACCUCUCUCAACCCGGUACCGCUUUGAGCACAAUGAGCUUGGCCUCUUAUAUUUCGGAGUCCAACCUCGGCAAGAUCGUCGCCGCCAGCUUUGUGCUGAUCGAGGACAACUCUGCCGAGGUUACUGCCAGCGUUAGCUCCACCGCUGCUGUCCAGUCCGCCAGCGUUCAAGCCCUCGCUACCAGCGUCAGCAAGAGCCUCGCUUCUCCUUCUGGCGCUCCCUCUGCUUCGGGAACUGGCACCAGCGGCAACGGCGCAGCUUACGUCGCCCCUACCAAGGCUCUCGUAGCUAGCGCUGCUGCUGUUGCAGCCGUUGCCUUCGGAGCUGCGCUCAUCUAGAGUGCUCCAUGCCACUUUUGCUAGAGGAGCAACACCCACCACCGCACAAAUCUUCGCGAACACCACCUUCUCACUACCUGCAUGCACCGCUGCGGCUUGAAAAGGCACCCGGUGUGCCUCGACAAUUCAAUGCAAUGUUCACGCAUUACGAGACUUGGAGUUU